CUGAGCUCAAAAACAGACUUAAGGGAGUAUAGUAGAUUGUAGUUAUGACAAAAUUCUGGGUCCCAAUGUAAGAUUUCCCUUGAGCUUCAUUAUUCACACUCUUCGUCUCCCUUCUUGCUUAACUCUUGAGAUCCAACAUAAACCUGCUCUAUGAGUAAAUCCAAGAAAACCUCAAAAAUAAACUGAUCAAACAAAACAAAUCAUAGCAUAUGGCACAAUCCAAGAAAACCCUCAAAAAUUUAAUCCCACUUUUCAUUCUCCUCUCUCUUUCUGCUCUUUUUCUCUUCUCUUUCCACCCUUCAAACUUAAAUUCCACCAAAUCUUUCUCUUUUAAACCUUACAACCCUCAAACUCACCAAAAAAUCACUUUUAUCAUCAAAGUUCUCACUUUUAACCGCCUUGAGUCCCUCUCUAGGUGUCUCAAUUCACUUUCCAAAGCAUACUAUGAUAACCAUGUUGUUCAUCUCCAUAUCUACAUUGAUCAUUUUCAAGAUUCCUCACAAGGGUAUGUAGAAAUUGACCAAAAAUUGAAUCUUUCUAAAAGAAUUCUUGAUUUUGUUGAUGGGUUUUCUUGGAAAUAUGGGGAAAAAUUGGUACAUUAUAGGACUUGUAAUGUUGGACUUCAAAGUCAGUGGUUGGAAGCUUGGUGGCCUAGCUCUGAUGAUGAGUUUGCCUUUGUUGUGGAAGAUGAUCUUGAAUUGUCACCUCUUUAUUUUAGGUUCUUGAAGAGUUUGAUUGAGAAUUAUUAUUAUAAUGAAUCCAAUUUUAGUCCUAUGAUUUAUGGGGCUUCCUUGCAGAGGCCAAGGUUUGUACCAGGUAAACAUGGAAACAAGAUGCAGAUUGAUGAUGGAACUCAACUUUUCUUGUACCAGUUGGUUGGCACCUGGGGUCAGCUUCUGUUUCCAAGACCUUGGAAAGAAUUCCGCAUAUGGUAUGAUACACACAAGGCCAAGGGAUUGAAGCCAUUUCUUGAUGGGAUGGUGACAACAGGAUGGUACAAAAAGAUGGGGGAAAGAAUCUGGACACCUUGGUUCAUUAAAUUCAUCCAUGCCCGUGGUUACUUUAAUAUUUAUACCAACCUUUUGCAUGAGCGAGCUUUUAGUGUGUCUCAUCGUGAUGCUGGUGUUAACUAUGGGAAAUCCGUUGGCCCAGAUUCUGUUUUAGUGGAUGAUAAGUCUUUUGAUUUUAACCUUUUGAAGCUGCAAUCUUUGCACAGUCUGAAGUGGUACGAUUUUUGUUUCAAGGAAGUUUCGCCUGGUAGAAUUGUACGCAGUUCUGAUGAUCUAGUGUCUGUUCUUCACUCGGUUCAGAAAUCGAAGACUAUAAUAUUUGUUGACUUACAACAGGUGUCAGAGUCGAUUAUUAGGAAUCUCCUCUGCCACUUUGAAAGAUUGAAUAUCCAAAACUAUGUCUUAUUGGGUCCACACUCCUAUUUCCUACUUGAUCUUGCAAGAAGGGGUUAUCCCGUGAUUGACACAGACCAAUUUUUUGACAGUAUUAGGUUGCGAAACUCGAUUAACUUUGAGAAAUUGCAUGAAAAAUUGGGCAAAGAGAUUGUUGGGAAGGCCCAUGUAGUUAGAAAGUCGUUGGAACUUAAAUACAACACAUGGGUUGUGGAUAGUGACGUGAUUCCUCUUAGCAGUGAUUCAUUUCUUGAUUCGUAUGAUCCCGCUAAUGAUAUUUUCUUGGGGAAGAACUUUAAACUUGUCUUCAUAAGAAAUUCACAAUCUGCUUUAAAAAUUUGGGUUGACAAUGUUUUGGUCAAAGUUGUUUUGUCGGUUUCUGCUUUGAAGACGAGAGGUUCAAUUGCCACAGAGGGAAAUUUUGUAAAUCUAGUUGAGAAGUUAUUGGAACAAAAGAAAGCUACAUUUAACAGGGUUGAUGAGACUGAUUUUAGUUUGAAUAUCAGUUUUAUGGAUGCUAACCAAUCCUCUUCGAGGAAUGGAAAGAAGUUUGCCUUUUGGUCACCUGAAAUGGGUUCAGAACGGAUACAGAAACGACUUGAGGAGUUUGCUAUGUGGGUUGUGGAUAGUGAUUUAUCGUGUAAUGCGGUUGUUUGUCAUCCAUCAUAGCGUAUGGAAGCAUUCUUCAGUAUAUCUACUGUUAUAUUUAUGAUGUGUGCCUAUUGUUUGAGGGAUUUUACAUGUUGGUAUUAAAGGCAAGAAGAUUGAAGAAGAACAAAAAAGCGCGCUCUUUGGGAAUUCCAGUAACAUAUGUUGAAUUGCUGAUAUCAGGCAUGUUUGUAAGCCUCCAUACAUCGAAGAUAAUCGGUCUGAGUCGGAAUUAAAAAGGAUGAUCUGUUUUUCUUCUUCGCGGAAAUGAUUCCAUUAGCUUAUUGGUGGAAAGGAAUUGUAAGGAAACUCAUUUUUGACAUAUGGUUCCAGGUCUUGUGUAAAAGUGCCAGUAUUUGACAUUGUGACUGAUUCAUAUGCCAAAUUUGGCUGCUUAUUCUUUGCUGAAAAUCAUCCGUGCCAAAUCUGGAGAACAUUUGCAGCUGGCCUCUCAAUUUUUUUUUUUUUUUGGUGGGGUGUGUGUGUGGAGGCGUGGGGGUGGGGUGUGUUUAAACUUAGGCUUUCAUUUUUCUUUUCCCUGAGGGAUUUCACCUAAUGGUAUGUCUUGAAUAGCUAAAUUGCUUUCAUAUUGCCAGUCAGAACUUAUGUUCUUUUCAGAAAUAUAUAUUGCUUUUUGGUAAGCAAUCCCACUCUGCUGGACAACUUUCAGUAACUGAGGGGUUGUUUGGUGGGGAACAAGUUCCAUGUUCAAGGAAUAUAUGCAACCUUGACAGCUUCAAAAGAGCUCUUAAGUCUACAUAUAUCCUCGCAAAUGUAUCUAUUUUUCAAGAUAUUGCCAUCUUCUUUUGUAA